AUGGCCACCCUCAACCUCCCCCAGGGCACUUACCGUGGCCUCGAGGCCAACGAUGUCGAGUCCUUUCGCGGCAUCCCGUUUGCGUACCAUCCCACACGAUUCGCACCCCCCGCCCCCGUCACCCUGUCCAAUCCCGACAAGCGGUCCCUUGAUGGCGAGAUUGACGCUACAACGCGUGGCCCCAUGUGCCCGCAGACACCGUCGCGACUGGAGAUGGUCACUGGCCCGUUGCCACCAGACACUGGAGUACUGGAGGAAGGAACCGGCUGCCUGUCAAUCUUCAGGCCAGGGGGCAUCACUCUGCCGCUCCCCAUCAUGGUCUACGUCCACGGCGGCGGGUUUGUGAGUGGGGGCUCGCAGGUGGGGUGGUACGACGGCGAGCGCCUCGCCAGGGAAGGCGUCAUCGUCAUUCCCAUUGCCUACCGUUUGGGGGCUUUUGGGUUCCUGUACGGUUCCACCACCAGCAAGCACGCCCUCGGAGUGCAGGACCUCAUCACUGCUCUGGAGUGGGUCCACGCCAAUGCAGUGAGUAUCGGCGGGGACGCUACGCGGGUGUGCACGUUUGGGCAGUCUGCCGGUGGCUACCUGCAGCAAGUCCUUCUCGACGCCGUGCCCCACCUCAUCCGCCGUUGCAUCAUCCAGUCGUCUCCGGGAAACUCUGCUCAGGACGUCAAACAGGCCAAGGCCUCGCGCGACCUCUUCCUCGCAUCCCUCCCGCAAGGCCGCACUCCCGAGACAGUCACGACGGCAGAGUUCCUGGCUGCACAAACCCAAACGUUCAUCAAGAACCAGACCGGCGCCGUGCCCUUUCUCCCUACGCUGGAGCAAGUCCCCGGUCGCAGCAAGGUCACGACGUUGCAGGGCCAGAAGCACGACAUUGUCAUUGGAUGGGCCGCCGACGACGAACGCGUGUUCGCCAUGAUGGAGGCUGGCAAGCAACGCGUCCCACUCGACCAGGCCAAGCUUCCUCACGACAAGUACUGCACCAUUGACGAGUGGGAGGCGGCCAGUGUCGCACUCGCCAACGACCUGCGCAGCAAUGGCCACGAGGUUACACUGUACAGGCUUUACUGGAAGCCCAGGGGUAGUCUACUAGGAGCCGUCCACUGUAUCGACCUGCCGCUCCUCCUCGGGGACGCUGCAGCGUGGGACAAGGCGCCGCUCAAGGGCGAGGCGACGUUUGAGGAGAUUGAUGUUGCGGGGCAGCCUCUGAGGAGAAUGUGGGCCCAGUUUGCGAGGGAUGGCACUGCACCGACGGCUGUGCAUGGUGUGCUGGAGAUAAGAUAG